AAUACGAGAAUAACAGAAAUUAUAUAUAACAUCUGGAAAAGUUAGAAAUAUUCAAAAUUUGUAUAAUUAUUUAUAACAGUAGUGAAAAUUAUAGUGUAAAAAUAAGAAAAUCAAUCUAAUAAUACCAAAGUUAAAGAUAUAAACCCAUUUCAAAGCGCGAAUGAGUUAUUUAGAUUAAAGAUAUAAACAAGUAUAAAAUAAAAUGUCAUAUACUUUAUUACGAAGUCUCAAUCGCAGUGGAGGAUCUUUGCGCAAUGCUACCGUAUAUUGUCUAAAUACAAAUACUCCUUUGACCUUGUAUCUAUUGGCGGUACAACCAAAUAAUUAUUGUAUUGUGGCACAAUACUCCAGACGCAGCGAUUCUAAAAACCUUGAAAGCGCUUUCAAGGUUGUCAAAUCAAAAGUUCGUGUAGAAGGCAAUUCAGACUUUUUGGGCGGAGAAUGUGGACCGAAUUGGGAAUUAUUAUCACCGCGUGGAAAUCGUUUUUAUUUUCCAAAUGCUGUAGGACCUGCGUGGCAAGGAGCCACAACUACAAUAACACUUGAGGUUCCCUUAGAAUCGCUGGUAGAUUUUGAUGGCAAAAACUCAGAGAAAAAGCCUAUGCUAAAAUUUAGUGUAAAUGAGUGUCCUUCAUUGAUUAAAAAAUCCCUGCAUGAAUUAUUUCCAGCACCAGAAGUGGUAUCUAGUGAAAAGUUAGCUAUAAUGACAUUACGUUUCAGUGGAGAUACCGAGAUUGGAGCAAGAAAGUUCGUAUUAGCCGCCCGUGAAAUCACUGCCCGCCUAAGACUGCACGGAUAUUGGGCAGAUUUUAUGAAUCCAUUUAGUGGUAAACCAUUUUAUUCUUGGUCCAGUGGUAAAAAUCUUUACAAGAUUGAUAAUCGCUUUCGAGGUCUUAAUAUGAAGCUAAAUAAACACAAUGAAUGUGUUGUAAUUAGUUCCGAUGCCGAGGCUAAUGCAGAAAAUGCAUUUUCUGGAUCCAUCUACAGUAAUGCUCCACCAGAGUUAACGCAGCUGAAAUCUUUGCUAGAUUCACAAGUUUAGUGGCAGUUCCUUCCUUAUCAUGUGAACUAAUCAUACUACCAAAUGAUUUACCUCCUAAUUAUCUUUUUUGUUGAUAUUGUUAUAGUCAAAUAAAUUAAUUGUUUUCUUUUUAAUUUUAAACAAAACUUACGUAUUAGAUAAACAAGAAUAUUGUAAAAUUUUAUUUAACUAAA